CAUGUUCACCAUCAGACAACAGCAGUCACCGGCGCUGCUCACACACGUUCACUGUCUUCUCUCCCGUUAAAGCCCUUGGUAAAGAAAACGCUGCCUCAAGGAGCGUCGUUUUUGGCGGAACAUGUGGGACAGAGUGCUUCUACUGCUGUUCGCUUCGGCGGCUUCGACUCUGGCUGCUGAGGUGCCUACAGAUAUUUCCACAGGGCUGUUGGCGGAGCCACAGGUCGCCAUGUUCUGUGGAAAACUCAACAUGCACAUCAAUGUGCAGAGCGGUAAGUGGGAGCCAGAUCCUUCAGGAACCACAAGCUGCAUCGGCACCAAGGAGGGCAUCCUGCAAUAUUGCCAGGAGGUGUAUCCAGAGCUACAGAUCACCAAUGUAGUGGAGGCAAAUCAGCCAGUCAGCAUCCAGAAUUGGUGCAAGAAGGGACGCAAGCCGUGUCGGAGUCACGCACGCAUCGUGGUGCCGUACCGCUGCCUCGUGGGAGAGUUUGUGAGCGACGCCCUGCUCGUUCCUGACAAGUGCAAAUUCCUGCACCAGGAACGUAUGGACCAGUGUGAGAGUCACCUGCACUGGCACACUGUCGCCAAGGAGUCUUGCGGAGAUCGGACUAUGAACCUCCAUGAUUAUGGGAUGCUGUUGCCAUGCGGCAUUGACCGCUUCAGAGGCGUGGAGUUUGUCUGCUGUCCCGCGGAGGCUGAGCGUGAGGUUGAGAGUGCUGAGCAGGACACCGAUGAUUCCGACGUCUGGUGGGGCGGAGCCGAAACAGACUACUCUGACAAUGGUAUGGUGCGAGAGCCAGAGCCAGUGGAGCAAAAAGAGGACGUGAAACCAUCUGUGGUAGCUGAGGAGGAGGAGGAAGAGGUGACGGCAGCAGCAGAUGUAGAUGACGAAGAUGAGGAGGAAGAUGUACUUGACAACGACCAUGAUGGAGAUGGAGAGGAGGAUGAGGAGACAGCUGCAGAAGAGGAGGAGGAGGAGUUGGAGGAAGAAGAGGAAGACGGUACAGAUGAUGAUGAUGAUGAUGAUGAUGAUGAUGAUGAUGUGAUACUUGACGACAUCGAUAACGAGCCAUUCACCAAUGUGGCCCUGACCACGACCACUACCACCACCACCACAGAGUCUGUGGAGGAAGUUGUUAGAGAGGUGUGCUGGGCCAGUGCGGAGACUGGUCCGUGCCGGGCCAUGCUGCCGCGCUGGUACUUUGACCGGCAGGAGGACCGCUGCGUUCAGUUUAUCUAUGGUGGCUGUGGAGGAAACCGGAAUAACUUUGAGUCAGAGGAGUACUGCAUGUCUGUGUGCGGCAGCAGCGUCAUUCCCACAGCCAUGCCUAGCUCUCCUGAUGCUGUGGACAACUACUUGGAGUCACCUACUGAUGAAAAUGAACACGCCCACUUCCAGAAGGCAAAGGAAAGCCUGGAGGCCAAGCACCGAGAGAGGAUGUCACUGGUGAUGAGGGAGUGGGAGGAGGCUGAGAGGGAGGCCAAGAAUCUCCCAAGGGCAGAUAAGAAGGCUGUCAUUCAGCGUUUCCAGGAAAAGGUGGAAGCCCUGGAGCAGGAGGCAGCCAGCGAGCGUCAACAGCUGGUGGAGACCCACAUGGCCAGGGUGGAGGCUCUGCUCAACGACCGCCGCCGCCUGGCAUUGGAGAGCUACCUGACUGCCCUGCAGCAGAACUUGCCCAGGCCUCGUCAUGUAUUCAGCCUGCUUAAAAAGUACGUGCGGGCCGAGCAGAAGGACAGACAACACACCCUCAAACACUUUGAACAUGUGCGAAUGGUGGAUCCCAAGAAGGCAGCCCAGAUUAGACCUCAGGUUCUCACCCACCUGCGUGUCAUUGAGGAGCGCAUGAACCAGUCUCUGGGUCUUCUCUACAAGGUUCCAGGUGUGGCAGACGACAUCCAGGACCAAGUUGAGCUGCUGCAGAGGGAACAGGCUGAGAUGGCUCAGCAGCUGGCCAACCUGCAGACGGAUGUGAGGGUGAGCUACGGCAAUGACGCCCUGAUGCCCGACCAGGAGCUGGGUGACAGCCAGGCUGAGUUUUUGCCUCAGGAGGAAACUCUUGGCCUGGGAGGAGUUGGUUUCAUCCACCCUGAGAGCUUCAACCAGCCCAACACUGAGAACCAAGUUGAAGCAGUGGACUCUCGCCCUAACCUUGACAGAGGAAUUCCCAAGAGGCCAGUGACUGGAAUACAGAUGGUAGCCGUGCCUGAGCUGAGGAUGGAGUCUGGUGACAGACAGAGCACGGAGUACGAGGUUCACCACCAGAAACUGGUCUUCUUUGCAGAGGAUGUGGGCUCUAACAAGGGCGCCAUCAUUGGUCUGAUGGUCGGAGGGGUCGUCAUAGCGACCGUGAUCGUUAUCACCUUGGUAAUGCUAAGGAAGAAGCAGUACACCUCCAUCCACCACGGAGUCAUUGAGGUGGACGCUGCCGUCACCCCUGAGGAGCGCCACCUGUCUAAGAUGCAGCAGAAUGGUUAUGAGAACCCAACCUACAAGUUCUUUGAGCAGAUGCAGAACUGAAGAGAGUCCCACCUUCACACACAUUCACAUGUUCAUACAUCAACCUCCCCACUCCUCCUCCUCCCCCUUCCUGUCUUACUCCUCAUAGUGGAUUUGAUCAAGUGACUGAACUAGUCAGUUAACUGUAUCUGUAGCCAGGGUUUCAUUUUUUCCUCCUUUGUUUUCGGUAUUCUGUGCUUUUUCUUUUUUCUUUUUUUUUCCUCCUUACUGCUCGGGCGGAAAUCGUUUCCACCGCGUUUGUUCACUUUAUUGGAGCGAGGGCUUUGCUCCGUUUGGGCCUGCUGAUGUGUGGAAAAACGAUGCUCCUCUCUGAGCAUAGAAUUGAGCUGAAUCAUAAGAAGGGGGGGAAAGUGUGUGGUUUUCAAAGCACCAAUAUGACUGGCUUUACUUUUGGUCUUCUACUGUCUAAUCAAUGAUUUACAGUUUGAGCCUCAUUUUUAACAGCAGUCAGUUCCUGUAUUCUAUUGACCUCUGACCUUUACUUUACUAUGGACGUAAAUGAGCUGUGGUUGUUCAUUAAGGGUUUACCAGACAAGUCAAGUGCAGGUGUGUGAGCUGUUGUAAAUGAAGCUCAGAAGUUUCCCCUCUCGCUGUACAACAACAUUGAUUGCACUCGCUCUAAUCUGUCGACACUGGAGUUUGAAAUCCUGAUCACACUUAUAUUAACGUAUCAGGCUGUUUAAGACCAGAAGUGGUAAAAAUUGGCUGCUGGAGAUGGCAGCUGACAGAAGAGGACAAGGUCAGAAUUUAGGCAAAGAGAAAUUUUAGGAAACUAAAUAGCGAGGUUACCGUCUUCGGAAGUCAUUGAGUUGUUGUCUUUUUUGUUCUCCUCUCGUUUACAGCUUCUGUUUUUCCAAAAAAGCUAAAAAAAAAAAAGAAGAAAAAAGUUAGAAAAAUCUGCCAAUGUAAAGUCAUUUUUUUAAAUACUUGCGUGUCAUGUUACUGAAGUAAUGCUCAAGUCUUAGCUGUUUCUCUGUAGUGCAUGAAGGCAACAAUGACGAGAGGAUGCUACAAGAAAACCAAAAAAAAAACAAAAACAAACACUGUUCUCUCUGUUUCUCUUGAUCUUUUCUCAUGUGUAGAUUGUCAUUCUAGCAAGAUUGUACAUUUAGUAUCUUCUCGUGAUUAUGUGACUUUAAACAAUAAUGAAUAUAAAUAUAUAUAUAUAUAAAAGAAUGAAUCUAGACAGACAGGCUUUGAUAUCAUGUAAAAUAUUCAUUUAAAUGACAUCUGUGUGUCAUUCAUUUAUUUGAUUUUAGUUUUUCUUUUUUCUUUUUUUUUUUUUUUUUUUACAUAUUACACAUAUUGCAUCAGUGAAAAGGCACAGGAGACACGAGCUGAUUCGCGACACCACAGUAUCGGUCAGUUGAAAAGAACAAAAAGUCUAAAAUACAAAAAGCGCCAUGCUUACAGCAGCGGCAUUCUCUUUUAAACAGAUUCUGAAAAUCCUUGAUUUGGUGCUAAAUCAUCAGCACAAAUGUCUCAUCAACAGCACAGUUUUUUCUACUGAGGACUUAUACAUUGACGUUGUAUCAGUGUCUUCUGUAAGACACAGAAGUGGAGGGAAGCUGUCUCUGAUGCUCAGUAGACUUUCAUUUUAUUUUUAAAUGCUUAGAUUAUUGGUUUCAUGCUUAUGGAAGAAAAUGCCAGACAUCAGGAAGUUGAGAAAUAGGUUUUCCUCUAGUGUUCGAGACGUUUUUGUUUUUUUUACUUUCUCUGACGGAUCAAAUGCUGAGAGCAGGAUGAAGGAGAGCGAGGUUGAGAGGAAAUGACUUACAGUUCCAGGUGGAUGGAUGGAUGGUCAUUCAGGCAGGCAGUCAGACAGCCUGUGUUUUUAUAUUAAUAUAUCUGUAAUGGAUUCUCACAACUCCCAGCAUCCCCUCCCCCCCUUCUUCCUCUGACCAUGCCUCUCGCUCUCUCUUUCUCUCUCUCUCUCUCUCUCUCUCUCUCUCUUUCUCUUUUUCUCCCAAUCCUCACAUUUACAGCACAACAGCUGCACUUGCUGAGCAGUAGAAGUGAGAUGUGGUCAGAAAAUCUCCCGACUCCUCUUUCACACAGUCGUCUCAUGUUCUAGUCUCGUCUCCAUCCAAUCAUUUACUCCGUUUUGUGAAGAGGAGGAAGAGUUGUUUUUCAGAAGCCCACCAGAGGGCAGUAGAGUAGACGAGAAAGCAGGAUUUUCUUUCUGUCAAUAAUUUGAUCUAAUUUUAUUUUGUUUUCCUUUGGUCUCACUCUCUGUGGGUUAUACAGUAUAUAGGUUUCUUAUUUUCCAUUGUGUAAUAAAUAUUGUGCAGGCCAUUUGCUUUGACUGGGAAGAUGCUUUCUACACUGUAUUCCAUAUUAAAGUUUUGAAUGUACAUACA